GUGUUCAAUCAUUGAAAUAAACCCGAACCCACAUGCUUUUUCCUUCUGGGGUUUCCAUAUUUAUUAUUGUUUUUUAAAAUUUGUGCUCAGUUUUUGACUUCUGAUCGUUCUCGGUAAUGAAGUCUAGGGUUUCUUCUUCUUCUUCUCUCCUUCGGUAAUGUAGUCUUGUGCUUCUAGAGGUUCAAUCCUGGGUCAUUUAUAAUCAUACCAACGUAGCUUUGCUCCAGCUUCCAAAUUACCUAUUUUUAGUAUUCGGUUUGUGAUAGUGGCUUUGGUUUUUAAAUUAUUCUCAGUUAAUAUUAACUUGCAGAUUUAUGAAGUUUAUUGAAUUUCUCGAGUUUUUAUAGUUAUUUAUUAAGUUUUUUGGGUAUUUUGAACGUUUGUUCUACUUGAUCUUGAUUUAUAUUCUCGUCAUUCUUGGAAGUGUUUCUGGUUUUCGAUGUUGAAGCUUGUUCGUAUAGAGGUCAGUUAACACAGAUUUUUGUCGGGUCUAAUAACUGAUUUAUGUUAAUGGUAGUUAUGACCUCUUGUCCUUGUCUUUGAAGUGUAAAGAAUUUCUCUCUCUAGCUUGUUGUCUUCGUACGGGUCAGUCGUAUAUAUAUAUUUUUGUUGGGUCAGCUGUCUCUGAUUUUUUUUGUUGUUGUCUAUUUUUGGGACACAACUUAUCUCAAAGUAGCAGUUAUACAUCUUUUCAAUUUCUGGAUUUUGUUGGAAAAAGUAUAUUUAGCUUCAUUCGCAAGGAGGGGGAAAAAAAAAGAGCUUCAUUUUCUGCUUUUGUUGGAGCAUUUUUACAGCCAGAAAGUGUUGCUUCUGUUUCAAAACAUUGCAUUUCCUGGAAAAGGGUCGGUGCUGGUCUUGGUGGAUUGCUUUGUUUGGCUGAGAAAUGUCCAUUCCCGCUGAAAAAGAACAGAUCUCAUUGCCUUUAGAAGAUGCGAGGGAGUCCUUGAAAUCAUCCCCUAUGGGAUCAAACCCAGAUUCCCUUGAUGGGCUCUCACCGGUUUCUGAGUUGCUCAAUUCACCAUCGAUUCCCGCUAUCUAUACCGAUGUCAAUGUCGUUCCUGAGCACGUAAAGAACGAGCUUGAGCAGUCGAUAUUGAAUUUAGAAGAGGAGAUUGCUCAGUUGAGGCUGAAGCGGCGGUCGUUAGAUAAACGGCGGAGAGAAGCAUUGAACAAGAUAUUAGACAUCAAAGGCAGCAUUCGGGUAUUUUGUCGUGUUCGACCAUUCCUAUUGACAGACAAGAGAAGAAUUCAUGGACCCAUUUCGACUGGGUCGGAGAAGAUCGUGGUUCAGUUGGCUGGAAUAAGGAAAGAAUUUGAACUUGAUAAAGUUUUUCUGCAACAAGCAAGCCAAGACGAUGUUUUUGUUGAGGUGGAACCGAUCCUCAAAUCUGCACUUGAUGGGCAUAAUGUCUGCAUUUUCGCCUACGGUCAAACAGGCACAGGGAAGACAUUUACAAUGGACGGGACAAACGAGAAACCAGGAAUUCUUCCUCGAGCUCUGAAAGAGCUCUUCAAUCAAGCCUCUUUGAAUAACUCACAUUCUUUGACAUUUUCAAUGAGUAUGCUGGAGGUGUACAUGGGUAAUCUGAGAGAUUUGCUGGCUCCAAAGUCAUCCUGCAGAGCAUAUGGGGCUUUAACACGAUGCAACCUCAACAUACAAACAGAUUCCAAGGGUUUGGUGGAAAUUGAGGGUCUCACAGAUGUCCCAAUUCCAGAUUUUGCAACGGCCAGAUGGUGGUAUACUAAAGGGAGACGUGUUAGAGCCACUUCUUGGACUAGUGUUAAUGAGGCAUCUAGCAGAUCACACUGCCUUACAAGGAUCAAUGUAUAUCGAUGUGGGGAUGCUUCCGAAGCUAAAGCAGAAGUGAGCAAACUGUGGAUGGUCGAUCUUGGAGGAAGUGAGCGAUUAUUGAAAACAGGUGCCACUGGACUUACACUUGAUGAAGGGCGGGCCAUAAAUCUCUCUCUUUCAGCUUUAGGUGAUGUUAUUGCAGCUUUGAGAAAGAAGAGGAGCUAUGUGCCUUACAGGAAUAGCAAGCUAACUCAAAUCCUCAAGGAUUCCUUAGGUGAUGGCUCAAAGGUUUUAAUGCUUGUGCUUGUAAGCCCAUGUGAAGAAGAUACUGGAGAGACGAUCUGUUCUUUGAGCUUUGCAAAGAGAGCUAGAGGCGUAGAGUCAUAUAGAGAAUUUCCAGAGGAAUUGAAGAAACAGAGAGAAAAAAAGAUCAUGCUUCUUGAAGAAGAAAUGAGAGAAGCUGAAGAAGAAUGUCAGGAAGUUGGGAAUGAAAUACAAAAGGCUGAAAUCCUGUUAAGUGAAAACAAAAGGCUUUUCUCAGCUAAUUAUGGACUUAUUGAAGAUGAAGUGAAGACCCCCAUGAGCACCAAAGAAGAUUUAAAAGAAGCCACGGGAACACCUCGAAAUUCAAAGAAAGUUAUAAAGAGAAAUCUUUCCAAUUCUCAGCCUCGUUUCAUGACAUCUACUGUGGCCAGUCGCCAAAGGCAAGGUGCUGCAGAAAAAGAGAUCGUCGGAAGAGCGAGAAGUUUCAGAUCAGGGGCUAGAAGUUCCAUCCACUUUCCAGCUUCCCAAUCACUUAGUUAUUCAGAUCUGCGUUUCAAGGCAAUUUUACAGAACUCCAAUAGAAAAUCACGAUAUGCUGAGACAAGUACUCUCCUCAGAGAGAGUCCCAAAUGCAAUGGCUUAGAUACAAAACUAGACACCUUGCCACAGAGCAAGAUGGUCACUGCAUCGGAUCCAAACUUUAGAGUUACCCUCUAUCGUCAUAGAAGAAGAAAGUCUGACAUAAUCUAGGUCGUGAAAAAUGACUGAUUGCUGCUCUUCUGGUGAAUUUGUAUAAUGUGUCUGUUGUUGUUUGAGGUUCACAUUCUUUUAUCAGGAAAACGUUAUACUGGGGAAUGUUGUGCCAUUAAAUUUUAAUGUGGUAAUGGGUUGCUUUGCCGAGGCUUACAGAUUUUGGAUCUGUUUUAAGUUGCUUGUUUGCAUAAUCUUUGUUGUCGGGUUGGUUGUAUAGCCUUGUUGGGUCCUGUUAAUGAUUUGUUAACGUGAUUUUUGUAACCCAAGUAGGAUCAGCAACUUUGUUUGAA